ACUCAUAGGACGUUUCGCUGUAUAUAAAUAUUGAUAAUAUAAUAGGGAUCAUUCGAAAUUAAAACAAUUAAGAAUUGACACACAUGAUUCUUAAUGAUGACGAACGUGCAUUAUUCUGUCUAAUGUCUAAUGUCCUGUGGUAACCAGGCGAUUUAACACCUGAAGAGGACUAUUUGUCAACGAAACUGUCAAGUUAAACUGCAUGCAAAGUGGACGACCACGGUACCACUGUGUGACGAAUCUGCCAAUUGGUAGAAGAAACUGAAAAAAACAUCUUAAAGCUCAGUGAGCUUUCAGGCAUAAUGUCAGGCGCAGAGGCACAGAACCCUGAGACCUCAAACAUCCCACAAUGCCAGAGUGAGGCUGACAAACUUCGACUCACCAGGGAGUCACAAGUCUACACUGCAACCAGAGAAACCCUUUUCCCCAAGGAGAUAACACGCACUAGAACACAUGCAUUGUCACUUGACUGGGUCAACGGCGUGAAUUCUACCCUUCCUGUAUACAUGCUGCAAGACCACAAUCAACUGGUGUUCCUCUAUGCUGGAGCUCACGUUGCGAUCAUCUAUAAUCACACCACAAACUCCCAACACAUACUUGAGGGUCAUAGCAGUUCCAUUUCGUGUUUGUGCGUCAGUCAAGACAGACGAUGGAUUGCAACAGCAGACCUGAGCACGAAAAGCACCGUAAUCAUCUGGGAUUCAUACUCUGGCAUUCCUGUGAACACUUUGUUUGACUGCCAUCGUGACGGGGGAGUCAUUGCCAUCGCAUUUUCGGGAGACACAAAGCAACUGGUGACACUUGGGAAUGAAAAAAAUCAAUGUGUGUGCGUCUGGGCUUGGACAAAUGACUCAAAUGAGCCAUUGUGGGUCACUGAGCUCAUCCCUGAAUAUGGUUAUCAGAAUUACAUAAUUUUUAACCCAAACAACAGCACCCAGCUGCUGAGUACCAGUAUAAGUCAGGUGCUGUUUUACAGCACGGCACAGGGCAAUCUGCAGUAUGUUCCGCUCAGAAUUAUUAAGCUGGGUGAUGCGGCCACCCUGGAACUGAACGCCUCUCUGUUUCCACACACCACACCCGAGUACUGCAACAUCCUCAAAUUGGCCCGCGGGCCUCUAAAUCCCUCUGUGUUUCACUGGCAAGAUUUGAAGGUGUUAACGCCCACAAUGUCAGGCAUCAUCAUGAUCUGGGAUCUGAUGGAGGACCUGGCCUCCAACCAAAACCUGAGCAGAGACAGAGUCAAGGUCAUCUCCCUGCAGGAUCAUCCCAUCACAUUGCUCACCGUAACAGACAGUUGUAUUGUCACCGGAGACACCCGUGGUCAUAUCAACUUUUACGAUGAAAACAUGUUGCUCCUGACGUGGUACAACCAGUUCAACCUGGACACCAUUGCUUCCAUUUCCUUUUCCAAAGAGUGCUCACAAGGACACCUGGAGGAUUGCACUAUUGAAGCCAAACCACUACUGAGCAGGAACUUUGUGGUGGCCACAGUCAGCUCCAUGAUGGUUCACGUGAACGUUCAAAAAGGCACCUGCCAGGUCAUCCUGCAGGAGAACUGUGACACUAUCAACGCGGUGGCCUGUCAUCCCACACAGCCACUGAUGGUCAUGGGCAACCACAAGGGCACCUUGAAGGUCUGGGACUACGAGCAGAAGCGGACGGUCCGCAGUAAGGUCUUUGAGAAAGAGAAGGAGAUUCAGUGCGUCAUGUUCGACCCUCAAGGUCGCCACCUGGCUGUCGGCUUUGGAAGUGGAGCCAUUCACUUUCUGGAUCCUAACACUUUGCAAAGUAAUCCUAAGGAAUGCUUUGAUACUCCCAAAGACAGCAUCAGCCACAUGAGUUUUUCCUCAGACUCCAGAUACCUUGCCACGGUGGAUGUCGGGAAAGCCAUAACUAUAUUCCGCUCACAAACCAAUGACGACUCCCCUCCGCUGUGGAUCUACCUGGGCAGAUAUCGCUCCCACUACAAGCCCAUUGCGGACCUUCUCUUCGGGGUGCACCUGGACGGCAUCAAGCCCAGGCUGUUCACCCUGGGUAUGGACCGCAUGUUGGUGGAGUAUGACCUGGAGAACAGUGACAUGGACCAGAUUGUCAUCUCCAGCACGAAGCGGAUUGAGCAAAGUGCUGUGCCAAAGUGCAUGACGUGGUACCCCCCCUUCAGCGCCGAGCAAUUUGUUGUCAUUUCUUCGGACCAAUACAAGAUGAAGCUUUUCAACAGCACCACCAAGAAGUGCCGAAAGACUCUGCUGGGCCCAACAUAUGGAAGUCCUGUUAAGAAAAUGGAGAUUUUACCGACAUGUGAAGGCAAUGAGACCGGAUCGUAUUACAUGGCAUACAUCACAGACGACAAGCUCGGCCUCCAGAUUCUGCCUCUGGAUGGGAACCCCUUCAAGUCCCACGCUGUCGUCUGCCACCCGACGGGCGUGUCCACGUUUGCCUACUCGCAUGACGGACGCUUUCUUUUCACCGCCGGGGGAGGGGACUGCACUGUGCUGUCAUGGCAGAUAAGCUACAAUGCACUGGAGGGAGCAGCAGCUUUGGGGGGAAAGGACUUGAUGCCUUUCUACACUCUUUUAGAGGGAGGCAAGGAUGGCAAGUUCUACAGAGAAAUUGAGGAUUUUUUCUACUAUUGCCAAAUUCAUAAUCAAGGUCUCGAAUCAAUGGACACACGGCAGCUGUCUACUAAAAUUCCUCUGACGGAAGUCAUCCCGUUAAUGCGGGCUUUGGCUUACUUCCCUACUGAAGAAGAGGUGGAAGACAUGCUAAACGAGAUCAAGCUCAGCAAAUACGCCGAAACGGGAGAGUACACGACUGACAUUAACUUGGAGGAGUUGAUCAAGCUCUACAUCAACCACCGGCCGGCCUUUGGCAUCUCUAUCAGUGAGAUCACAGAAGCGUUUCGUGUCCUCGGCGAUGCUAGCAGGGGAGGACCGCCUGUUCUGCCGAGAAACGAGCUGCUGGAACUGUUGCAGGUCCGAGGGGAAGCCAUGACAGAAGAUGAGCUGGCAGAGUGUUUCACUUCACUUUUGGGCUUCAUCGAGGUCCAAGAAGGGGAGAGUCCCGAGCAACAGUUUUGUAAAUCUGAAGAUGAGAGCCAAGAAUAUUCUCUGGAGAGUGUCAUCCCGGAGGAGAUAUCCAUGAAGAUAUUCACAGAUCACAUCCUGGGCCUCCCACCGUCCACUAUGAGGGGCGGACACUUCAGUCAACUCGCAGAGUGAUGAAGGAAUGUACUGUACAUAUGUUGAGUGUUAAAUAGGAUGGAAAACUGUUUAGGAAUAGUACGGUGUAGUUUAAGACAUGCUUAACAAGUUACACUGAGGAACACCACAUUGAAGCUUAUAUAAUCCAUUCUACUCAUGUUAUUUGUUCAUGUUGACACUUGCAAUAAUGAAUGUAUUUUUAUUUUGUCAUUAAAAUGUUUGUUUGGG